UGAACCGGAAGUGCGUUGGCUUUCAAUCACUUUCAUCAUUCAGUUGAGUCCGUAUGGUUGAGUCUCGUGCCUCUGAAUUACAGUAUCUCUGAAAGAAGCCAUGCUGCGCUUGACAACCCUGUGUUCAUUUGUCCUCUGCUUGUCUCUGGUUUUCUCAAAUCCAUUGCCAAAUAAUGAUCCUGAUGGCUCAAUUGAUAAAAGCACCACUUUACUGGCCGCAGCAAAUGCCAAUGAGCAUCCAAUGACAUCAAAUAAUAUCCCUGAAAAUAAAGAUGAUGCUGCUGGUGAUGGUAAAGAUCCAGGUAUUGCAGUUGCAAAGACAGAUGCAGACAACAACACCUCACCUGAUGUCAACCAACACGUUAGUAAUGAGGAAACAGAACCUAAAACGCCUGAAGCGGGUUCAAAGGAGAAAAACACACCUGGACCUGAUGACAAACCUGAGGAAACGGCUGAUGGAGAAGGCACAAAUGAAGUCGGAAGUGAAGGAGAGAUGCACUCCACAGCCGAGCAGAAUAAAGCAGCUGGUGACCAAAACAUCCCUGAUCCUGAUGAAGAUCAAUCAAUAAAAGAGAAGACUCCUGAAGAGGGAGAACCAACGGACUCUAAACCUACUGACGAUGAACCACUCGUUGAAAAAACUGACGAGAAGCCCAACACACCUGAUGAAGAAACUGUUGAUGGCGAAGCUGAAACUAAUGUUGAUGAAGGACAGAACACAACUGAUGAUGAUGAUGAGGAUAAAACCGACUCUGAUGAAGAGGAUGACGAAAACCAGACCGAAUCUGAGGCUCCUCCGGGCAGCCAAGAGGGAAAAACUGAAGAUGACACUGAGCAAGAUGUGGGUGACGGUGGCGAUGCUGAUACUGGUGAUUUUCUUUCAGGUGAACUGGGUAAAUCUGACCCCAAGGUCCUGGAAAAGAACUGGAAAGCGAAGGAGGAUAACGAGUUCGAGGAGAGCGCCGAGAGCAGCCACUUCUUCGCCUAUCUGGUGGCGGCCAUCAUUCUGGUGGCGGUGCUUUAUAUCGCCAGUCACAACAAGCGCAAGAUCAUUGCUUUUGUCGUUGAGGGUCGGAGGUUAAGAGGCUCGCGCAGACCCAAAACAUCGGAUUACCAAAAACUCGACCAGCAUUGAGAAAGUGCAGUCCGACGAGUCAGCAGGGGAUGAAUGGAAAUAUUUGAACUGUGAUCUUGAAACUUGAAUUAUUAAUAAUGCGACGUAUAUUAACACAGCAGAUCCUCACUAACUCGUCUUCAUCCGCUCAUAGCAUGUCAGGUAUGGUGGAAACAUAGAGCCGUGAUAACUGAGCUUCAUUCAUUUACUGGUACAAAUACAUAAAUCAGGUUCAUUAUAGCGGUACAUACUGUAGAUGUCGGUUCAGUCUGUGUCCUCUCUUUCCAUUUAUUUCCCCAGCCUCUUUGCUUGAGUUUCCUUGUUUGUUUUCUCUUUCCUCGAGUUAUAGCUGGGCGAGUUGUGUAAUACAGACGGAAACUGCGUGUAUAUCUUUGAGAGUGUGUUGGUUGUGGAUGUUUCGUGGGUAACUGGGAAUGAUUUUUGAAUCAGAGUUGUGCUGUACGAGUUCUUGAAGCGGAUCACACGCGUGAAGGGUGUGUGAAUUGCACUUUCUGUCAGUGUACAUGUGUAAAGGAGUUAUUAAUCUGCGCUACAGAUAUUCUACACACUAAGAAUGAUGAAUCAUCUUCACACACGCUCAACAAUAAGGAUGUUUUCAGUU